AUCUCGAUGAAAAUUGUUUUUUUCUUUGUCUAGGCGGAUCGUAAAAUUAUUCGAUGGUUGAAAAUUGCGAAUUGUUAUGCGCGAAAUGAAUUUUGAAGCGAAAACUAUAGUUUUCACUUGUGGUCGCCCAUUCUUGUUUAACUUGAUGUUAGUUGACACCGGUGAACUCAAACGCAAAUUUAAUAGUUUUGCAUGGAUAGUGCGACUCAAAGCACGUGUUCGGUCUUAAUAAAGCAUAUUCUAUUCAGACUUGUUUUUGUCUUGAACGGUCAAUAAAUUGAACGACAAAAUGAUAAAAUUAAUUUCAUUGAAUCAUAUUUGCAUGGAAUUAUUUGGGCUUCUGCUUCUAAUUAUAUCGGGUGCAAGCCCAUUCACAACACAUUUGAUGGAACAACAGCAAUUUGCAAUGGAACCUCAAGAUCAAGUGGCCGUCGUUGGUGCACGUGUAAUUUUUCCAUGUCGCGUACUCAAUAAAAAGGGAAUUUUACAAUGGACUAAAGACGAUUUUGGGCUGGGAACACGUAGACGUUUGUCAGCUUUCGAGCGAUAUUCCAUGGUUGGUAGCGAUGAAGAGGGCGACUAUUCAUUGAAUAUUUAUCCAGUGACGCUAGAGGAUGACGCAAAAUAUCAAUGUCAAGUUGGACCGGGACAAAAUGGUGAGCCCGGCAUUCGUUCGAACUACGGCAUUUUAAGUGUUUUAAAAUCACCUGAUCCACCGAAAAUAUUACAAGGCGAUUAUAUGGUGACAACUGAAGACCGUGAAAUUGAAUUGGAAUGCGUGUCGGAAAAUGCAAAGCCCGCAGCUGAGAUAACGUGGAUUGAUGGUUUUGGAAAUGUUUUGACAGCGGGCGUUGAAUAUAUAAAGGAGCCAUCACCUGAUAACCGACUAUCAACAGCCAAAUCCAUUUUGAAGUUGAAAGCAAAUGUAGCACUCCAUAACAAAACAAUUCACUGUCAGGCCCAAAAUUUCGCUGAAAAAACGUAUCGUUCAGCAAGCAUACGAUUAGAGGUGAAAUAUGCGCCGAAGGUGCGCAUAGUAUUCGUCGACGGAGCCUUGGAUACUGGACGAAUUCCAGUUGAUAAUGCGGUUCGAUUAAGAUGCAAAGCCGAUGCAUACCCCAAUGAGCUGACAUAUCAAUGGUAUAUCAACGACAGUAUGGUUAUCGACGCGACGUUUAGUGAUCUGGAAAUAUCGACCGUAACGCGAAAACAUCAAAAUUUUGUCGUAAAAUGUGAAGCACAAAACGUAGUUGGAUUAAGUGCCGCCACAGAGACAUUAGACGUAAUCUAUCCACCAAGCUUUAUCGAACGGCCGCAAAAUGUUGAAACAGAGAUGGGUGAAAAUAUAACAAUGAGCUGUCACGUCGAUUCAAAUCCAAAGGCUGACAUAAUUUGGGUGUUUGAUCCCAUCGAUCGCAUUAAUUUUCAACCUCGAGUGGUGGGUACAUCUUCGGAAUUAUAUGUGAUUGCGUCAAAUGAAACAGCUGGACGUUACUAUUGCAAGGCACAUAGCAGUGGUUUUCCGGAGAUUAGUUCGGAGGCAUUGAUCAUAUUGAAAGGGCCACCGAAAAUAAUAUCACACCCCGAACAACAUCCACUCGAUGGUGAAACAUAUGAAAUCGAAUGUGUGGCCAUUUCGGUGCCAAAGGCAAAACAUGUAUCAUGGGCAUUUAAUGGCGUUUUAAUCGAUACUGACAAAGAUUUGGGAUUCUCAUUACGACAAGAUGUACUGUAUGACCGUAUUAAAUCAACGCUACGCAUUGUAGAGAAUCAUCGUAAAUACUUCGGAACGUAUAGUUGUACGGUCAUUAAUAAAUAUGGAUCGGAUACUCUUAAUAUUGUUUUCAGCGAACGUACUUUUAAUCGGAUCAUCGUUUUUAAAAAUCUUUCUACAGGAAAAUUACCGAUUAUUAUAAUUGCAUCCGGCUCAUUCGCUAUCUCGCUGUUAAUCAUUGCCAUUUGUUUCUCAAUCUGUUGUUGCAUUCGUGGAAGCAGAAACAGUGGCAAAAAACGUGAGCUUCCGCCAGCCGACAUUAUACCAAAGGUGAAUCAACAGCCAAAGGUGAAAACAGAUUCUUUAAAGAAAAAGAAUCUAUCGAAAACCGAAAUACCUGUCGCUGUCGCAGUUGAGCCUGAAUAUCAAGAAAGCAAUUCGGGUUCAUAUAGCACGACGACAACGCUAUCAAUGAACAAAACUGAUUUCCUUGGCAGCAAAUUGCUAUCGAUUCCUCCAACAAUUAGGUAUUCUGGUUUGCAGCUGCCGGAAGGUUUCAGCGAUUCAACAAGUCAAUCGAUAACUGGUAGCUAUGUAGAUUUUUCUCGCGAUUUUUAUUCGCCAAGUAUACAAAAUGCAAACAAUUUCCUCAUACAAAGCACAUUACAACGUGGAGAGACUCCGACGUAUGUGUAAGCCUCUUACACGCUGUUAUAUUGCGCCCAAUAUUUUUAUUCACAUAUUUUUAGCAAUUCUUAUGAUAGUUAGAACUUAUUUAGUUCCAUGUAUCUUAUUCUAUAAGUGAGUUCAAAGUUUCGAUAAAAAUUCCAUACGUUAUUUUGGUAAUAGUAAUUAAUAACUUUUUAAGCUGGAUUUUAAGUUUAAGAGUGAAAAGUGGCUGGUACAAAAAUUGAUACAUUUUCGCCGGCAAGUCUUAAAGUCUUGCGGAAAUUAUUCUAUAGUAAGCAGGUGAUUUUUACAAAGCCAAAUUGCACCAACCUUCAAUUUAAGUGUAAAAAGAUUCUGUGAUAUAAAUUAACAUAGAGAACGAGGAACUUUUCACUAGAAAACUAUUGUGUAUUUGUUGUUAAAAUUUGGAUUAAUUAAAUUAUAACACAAAUAUUUUUGGCCAAAAAUUAGAACAUUUCGCACGAUCGUGCAGUUUAGAUGAAUUUAUAUAUCAGCUUUCCAUAAUUCAUGAAUUCAACAUUUUAGUUGAAAUAAUCGUUCCAGAGAGAUAUUUCAUUCCAAAUUUCAAUCAGCAGAAAUAAAUAUAUUUAAAAAAAAAACAAAUCUGUGAUAUAGAUACUCUAUCAUCUCUAAUAUGUAAAUAGUUUUCAAUUUCGACUCUCAGAUUCUCCAUUUUCUUUUUCCUUUCAAUUCUUGACGUAAUAAUGAUUUUAAAUUUAACACAUACUUCCGAGCCACGAUUCACACACAUAAACAUGAACACAAUUCACAUCUGUGAGAAAAUUUUGAAAAAAUCGCACACAAACACAAUAUCAUAUUCAACGAUAUAAUGAAAAAUUCGCAUUCAAUACAAUUCAAUUGAAAUAAGGUGUCAAUGGCAACAUAUUAUUUAUGGCAAUCGUUUAUCAACUACACCUUUGAAGAAUCGAAUCUCGUAUAAUAAUAAUCUAUUCUAUCUAAUUGUUGAAUCAAUUAUGAUGUGGAUGUGUUAAGCCUUCCUUCUAUACAUAAUUUUUAAUAACCACACAAGCAUUGAUCGAGUUAAGCAUCCUGCAAACAAAAAUUCAUGCCAUUGAUUGAAUAAAAUGUUAAGUUGCAAUGUCGCAGAAAUUGUGCAUCACCCCAAAACUAUUUUCUUCUAUAUUAUCUUACUUAUUAUAGGGCUUUAUUCUGGCGGUUUUGAACAAUUUAAGAUAAUUCCAUAUUAUUACGAAAGGAUGUUCGUAGAGCUAAAUAGUUUAUGAAUUAGGAAAUUUUCACACACUCGCGCAUGGAUAAGUGUAAUAUUAAUUUAAUAUUUACAUAUAAUAAUAAUAGACAUAAUUGUAGCUAAAUGCCACUGUACUAACAUUGAAAGUAAGUCGUUCGCAAACGGAUUUGUGGAGUCGCUUUGUGUGUAUGCAACAUAGUUCCGUGAUGAAUACAACGAAAUCAUAAAAAAGUCAUUUUCGAUGAAUCAGCACACAUUGACACAGUAUGUUGUAGGCGGUGUAUGCAAUUUACAACAUUCUUUUUCAAAUGACUGCUGCGGAUAGUAUUUCGUACAACGAUGUCAUUGAUGAAACAUCGACGGGAAGAGGAAUUCACUGACACAAACAACAGUAUUUUUGUAGUUGUUAAGUUUUCAAACGAGAGAUUAGUUUCUGUAACAAGUUUCUUAUUCUUUAGAUCGUAUCUUAUCAUUAAGAGUACAUGGUA